GAUUGCAGCUAUUAGCCCCGUCACACGGGCCCAAAAAUUUAUUGGGCUCUUCAACCAUAAGGUCAUGUGAAAGUAGUACAGAUUAAACCAAAAAUCCAAAUAUUUUGACCGAUUUUAUUACAAACAAAAAUCUUUUCCUUCUCUCUUCUUCCGAUACACAACAAAAGGCCACAAGAACCCCAUGUUGACAGAUUUCUAGUCCUCUUCAGACAGCAGGGAGAUCUUUUUCGUUUUCAGCACAGCAGAGCACUGAUAUUAUCCCACGGUUCACACAAUAAAACCAGGGGCUUAUAAAACCAUGGAAGGGAAAGAGAAGAGGUCGGGCAUGGGUGAGGGCGGAGGAGGAGGGGGCCUACUGCUAACAAAGCCAGCAGCUUCGAGGCCCCCAUUAGCUCUCCCGCCGCGUUCAGAGGCGGUUCUUUCCCCAGGUCCUAUGAGCCUCGUGUCCUCCUUCUUUGCAGAGCAUGACCCUGACUCUGAGUGCAAGACCUUCUCCCAGCUGCUAGCAGGCGCCAUGGCUUCACCGCCUGCCAGAGAUAAUACCAAUAAUAACAAUAACAAUGAUGCUAAGCCCUCGGGGGCUGCAAGUAGCAGUAGUGCCAAGUUCAAGUGUAUGCCGCCUGCAAGCAUUCCUAUUCCUCGGCCCCCCUAUUUGACUUUGCCUCAUGGGCUCAGCCCCUCUACUUUGCUGGACUCUCCCAUGAUGCUAACCAAUUCACAGGUUGAGCCAUCACCAACAACAGGCAAUUUCCCACUCAUCCCUAUCAAACAAGAGAAUGCAGAUAAGGAAGGUGGAUCAAACUUUGUCUUCAAACCAUAUCCAAAGGGACCUUUUGAAAUAUCUCAUCAGCAAGUGCUCGCCCAGAUUCAAGCCCAGGCCCGGGCCCAGGCCCAUGAGCAAAUGCAAGCUUGUGCACUUCCUGAUGUGCCACAGAUUCCUUCAUCGAUGUCACCCCAGCCUUCAUCUUCUUGUACGGUAGUAUCUAGUGUUGUUACCAGUUCUGCUACUUCUAACGCAAUUCCAUCUGAAAAGAAGACGGAACAUCAUUUAGAAACAAAACAUACGAGCUCAUCAAGUAAAGAGUCAAAUCGAAUUCUAUCAGCUUCCAUCCCACCAGUUCUUGUGGAGAAACCCUCAGCUGAUGGAUAUAAUUGGAGAAAGUAUGGUCAAAAGCAGGUGAAGGGUAGUGAAUAUCCUCGUAGCUACUACAAAUGCACUCAACCAAACUGUCUAGUGAAGAAGAAGGUUGAGCGAUCCCACAAUGGGCAAGUGACUGAAAUCGUGUAUAAAGGGGAGCACAAUCACCCCAAACCUCAACCCACAAGGCGUAUGGCUAUUGUCUCACAUAAUUACCUUUCAAACAGUGGACAAGACUUAGGAGCUGGAGAUAUGAAAUCAAAAGGUAAUGGAUCUAGUCCAGGAUUUUCCGAAGAUCCUGGUGGCAGAAGUGAAAAAAAUGUAGAUGGUUCGGAUCCUUCAACAUCAGUGAAGAUAAAUAACUCAGGUAAUGAUAGUCUGGAACAAUCAUCUGGUUCAAGUGAUGAUGACAGAAAUGACAAUGAGCCAGAUUCGAAACGAAGUAAGAAGGAGAAGAAAGCAGAGGAAGUUCUUGUGGUUGCACCACUUAGGACUAUUCGUGAACCUCGUGUGGUUGUUCAGACAAGAAGUGAUGUGGACAUUUUGGAUGAUGGUUAUCGCUGGCGGAAAUAUGGACAAAAGGUGGUUAAGGGAAAUCCUCAUCCUCGGAGUUAUUACAAGUGCACGAAUCUUGGCUGCCCUGUGCGCAAACACGUUGAGAGGGCAUCAAAUGAUGAGAAGGCAGUUAUAACAACUUAUGAAGGAAAACACAACCAUGAUGUGCCAGCUAUUAGGCAUAGCAGCCAUGAUGUACUGGGUACUAUUUCACAAGCUCAGACAGCAAAUACAGCUGCCAGCAGGAGUGUUGUAACAAAUGCAGUAAAAAGUGAACGGGUUGUGAACAAACAGUCUGCUUUCAGCAGGAUUUCAGAGAGCAGGCCUGAAGGAAGGAAUGAUACCAAUACAGAAAGUGGAGGGAUUGAAGAAAUUUCACCUACAAAUUUGAACAGCCAUAGUGGAAAUAUGCAAACUGAAACAUUACCAUCAUUAACACAUUCAACAAAUGAAGGUCGGUCUAUUGGUAAUGAUGAUAAUGCUGUUCUUUCAGAAAAAGCAGAAGCCUUGAGGAAGCCGAAGGAAGAGCAAUGACCCUCCUCAAUUUUUAGAAUCUCAGCCAAAAUAUGGAUCUGUGAUUGCUGUUCAGUUCCUGUCCUGAAUAGUUUGCAAGAGGGGCUAAACUGUUUAUAAUGCUAAUGUAGUAGCACAUUUUGUGCAUUUGUGCAGGAACUAAGGAUGUGCUGCCUUCUCCCUUCGUGAAAAUUUCACUGUGAAGUCUAUACCUGUGAACCAUCUGAGAUAUCUAAACCUCUAAACAAUAGAAGUCGGUAUCAUAUGCAAAUUGAAGUGCUAAUCUUUCUUUCUUUGUGAAAGGUGUUUAUAUAUCAUUUCCUACAUUGGAUUUUUGAUUGUCAGGUAGAGGAUUUCAAGCUUCCAAUGAUGGAAAGAUGGAGUUGUGCUUCUGUUAAUUUGUAGUUGUAGUGUGCUUUCUUCUCUGUUGCUAGCAGGAAGCGCUAUUUUGUGUAUAUUCUUUGGCUGCUUGUAGAGCUUUUUUGAGGCUCCUUAUUCUUUGUGACAUUAUAUCCGAUGAACCGUGCCUAGUUUUAAUUCUGGUAAUACUGACAGGCAUGGACAUCACGUUAAGUUUAUGCUCAGCAAACAUGUGGCUGGAGAUUCUAAAAAUGGUCUCCUAGCUUCCACAAUCCCUGUAAAAUUAUUUAUAAGUCUACAUUCAUAUUUGUCAAGCUCAUCUUUGAAAUGAUGGUGCACUGACUAUGAUGCAUUCAUGUUUAAUGGCUUUUGGACGUAGGGAGAACAUAUUUAGUAUUCUAGAGAUCUUGAUCACGUGUUUUUACAA